CACACACACAAUUUUCUGAUUGGACUAGGGAGGAAAGUAUCAUCGAGUGGCUAAUUUACGAGUACAAGAUCUUUCAUACUCUGCAAGAGCAUGACAGAGGAAAGGAAGCUCGAUGGCGGAAGUUAUGUGAAGACGGCCGCAGGGAAAAGGGAUGCCUAGGGGAGGAUGCAAGAAAGCUUUGGGCCGAACGAAUCCUGAAAUAUCACAAGGGCGAGAUUGAAAAGGCUCAGGCUGAAAUCCCUCUCGCAAAGAAGCAGGAUCUAGCUGAUAGCCUUCAAAGGUUGCGGCAGUGUAGGGAGCUUGACCAUGAGAUGAGUCGUGAUUUGUUCAUGCUCAUCCGGAAUGUCCUGGGGGGUGCCACCAAUCUAUCUCCGGAGCUCUUUAUACGCUCACAGGACAUAGUUUUCCCGUGCGCAAGGGCAAUGGAAGGUGGUACUGCUACCGUUCGCCGAGGUGUUUUUCGACAGCAUGUGGACGUAGCUGUCAAACAGUUCCAUUUGAAAGGGAGUAACGAGAGGAUUCUGAUCGAGCGUCAAAACCGCCUCCUCUCGGAAGUAUGGACAUGGCAUGAAUUGUGUCGAGGUCAACCUAAGGAAAUACUGCCGAUACAUGGUGUUCUCAUUUCCGGCAUGGACCGCCCUUCCUCAUUUGAAAAUAAUGAUGUCUCAGUCAUUAGCGAGUGGAUGCCAAAUGGGACUGCCGUGGAUUAUUUCAGAAAGUCGUCAGAGCCCGAGCGUGUCGCGUUUGUCAGGUCCAUUGUAGAUGCUCUUUCUUGGCUUCACGACAAACGCGACAUAGUCCAUGGCGAUAUCAAAGGUGUCAAUAUCCUAGUGGAUGCGAAAGGCAAUCCUCGGUUAGCAGACUUUGGUCUCACCCUGCAUGCUUAUCUUGACAUGGACGUCCCUAUCGGAGCUGUGAACACGCACGCGGGAUCCUACUGCUGGAUGGCACCAGAACGCUUCUUCCCUGCAAUUUCUGGCAAGAACACUCGAAAACCCACAAAGGCCAGUGAUGUGUACUCAUUUGCCAUGCUCGUCAUAGAGUUAUACACCGGCGAUUUACCUAUGAAGCAUAUGGGUUAUACGACCCCCCAAUCGCUGGGUGCCUUCCAUGAAAACCCUAAUUCACCGCGCUUGAAACGACCACUUGCUGUCCCGAAGCGCAUGUGGCGAAUUGUUCGGAAAUGUGCUCAACGUGACGAGAAGAUGCGCCCGUCAAUGCAUGAGGUGAAGAGGGACAUGCUCGAGUAUGACCGAUCAUCCUCGACGUCAGUGUUUUACCUUGUGACAGAUCUUUUUCGCCUGGAGGUGCUGAGACUCGUUGACUGGCAGGGCGUUCUUCGGCAGGCAAUUGACAUCCUGGCGAAGCCGCUCAUGGCUCAGGACCGUCUGUGCUGUCUAGAGAUCCCAUUGAGUCCUGAUCACCAUGUAUCCCUUGCUUUUAACACGUCCUAA